GACGUCGCCGCCCUGGCGGGCGUCGCUGCGGGCCGUCCUGCCCCACAUGGCCUCGCGCAUGCGCGAGCCCAGCGAGCGCGAGGAGAACAUGAAGCACCAGAAGAGCCUCUUCUGGGCCUCCGCGGCCAUAUCGGGUUUACCGGUGGUCUUGAACCAGAUGACCAGCCAGCCCAACUCUCCAAAUGUGCAGGAAGCUGGAAUAUCCGCUAUCAUGGAUUUGCUGGAGGACCCAGCAGACCAAGUGGGUGACAGGCCCGCCGCGGGGACUGAGGACAGCCUCGUCGAGCCGCAGCACGUGCCGGCUGCCGUCGAGACCAUCGCGGGGGCGAUGAAGCUGCACAGGUCACAGGUCUUCUUGCUGUCGACCCACCUCGUCACUGUCUUUCUGGAGCUGUGA